AUGGAGUAUCUAUGUCGUGACUGUGGGCUCAGUUGCUUCCUCUCCUCCUUCUCGAACGAUGCAAACGUCAACUGCGUUUGGCAAUGCAUGGAGAAAUACGGAAACGCUCUCUGUUCAAAUGCUGCGAAUCUUCAUCUUUUAGUUUUUCCUUCGAGUGCACAAAUCGGAGGUGCUGGACGCGGUCUCGGCGGUGGUGAUGUUUCCGCUAUAGAAGACACAGGGGUUCAGUGCGCCACCCACUGUGAGAUCAAAAUCUGA